AAAAAACUUUAAAUAAUUUAUUGAUAUGACAUAAUAACUUUAAAAUUUUGCCACAAAAAGUAAACGACCUUAUGAAAUUUUGGCAAAGCACAAGCAACGCAACGAGACCAUAUUCACCAUACAGAUACAGUCCUUCGAAUAUGCAAUUCGCAAGUUCUAGAACCAUAACCAGAAAAAUGGCUAAGCCUUGCCUCACUUUCUUCUUUGGCUUCAUCGCUCUCUCUGCAAUAGUUGAGGCUUCACAGUGCUCAAUCAAGGGAUUGCCACUAGUAAGAAAUAUUGGUGAGCUUCCACAGGAUAACUAUGGAAGGGAAGGUUUGUCCCAUAUAACUGUUGCAGGUUCAGUCUUGCAUGGGAUGAAAGAGGUUGAGGUAUGGCUUCAGACAUUUGCACCAGGAUCACGCACACCGAUUCACAGGCAUUCCUGCGAAGAAGUUUUUGUUGUCCUAAAGGGAAGUGGCACUCUGUAUCUUGCAUCAGGCUCACAUGAGAAGUACCCUGGAAAGCCUCAAGAGUUUAAAAUAUAUUCUAAUAGCACAUUUCACAUCCCUGUUAACGAUGCCCACCAGGUAUGGAAUUCAAAUGAAGAUGAAGAUUUGCAAAUGCUUGUUAUUAUAUCCCGUCCACCAGUCAAAGUGUUUAUAUAUGAGGAUUGGUCCAUGCCGCACACUGCAGCAAAAUUGAAGUACCCGUACUAUUGGGAUGAACACUGCUUCCAAUCACCUCCUAAAGAUGAAUUGUAGUUUUUAAGCAAUGACUUGUGCAUAGUGCUAACACACCAAAUUAGCCUUUCAUUUGCUAAAAAUAAAUGAUACUUCAAUAUUCCUGAGAAAAUAGACAAUAGGAGUUUCACUUAUUAAAGUUUUGAUGUAAUGCUCGGAGUUUACAUUCAAGAAUCAACAUUGGUGUAUGAUAGAUAUUAGUAUUAUUAACAAUAUUUCUUGUUUA